GUGCGCAUGCGCUGUUUGCAUAUGUAACUUCCUGAUACCUUCACAGGCGCAGAUACUCAAUGAUUAUUGGGUUUUUUUUUGUUUUAAUUUUUACAUUUGCUAGGUUUAACUGCCCUCUGUCUCCAUGCGGGCUCCGGUCUGCGCUGUGCUGUUAGUUUACUUAUUGAACGAUGCUGCGGCUCAUCAGUUCACCGAGCAGGAGAUGUCUACCGUCAGGGAGCGCAUCAAAUCCAUGUUCUACCACGCAUACAACAGUUACCUAGACAACGCUUUCCCCUACGAUGAGCUCCGCCCCCUCACCUGUGAUGGACAAGACACCUGGGGCAGCUUCUCGCUGACCUUGAUCGACGCCCUCGACACGCUGCUGGUUUUAGGAAAUCACACCGAGUUUCAGCGAGUGGCUUCCAUCCUCCAGGACACCGUGGACUUUGACAUUGAUGUCAAUGCAUCCGUUUUUGAAACCAACAUCAGAGUGGUGGGGGGUCUGCUGUCGGCUCACCUGCUGGCGGGGAGGGCAGGGAUGGAGCUGGAGCCCGGAUGGCCCUGUUCAGGACCCCUUCUGAGGAUGGCGGCGGAAGCUGCCAGGAGACUGAUACCUGCUUUUCAGACCCCCACUGGGAUGCCGUACGGGACGGUGAACCUGCUGCAUGGUGUCAGUCCCACUGAAACGCCAGUCACCUGCACCGCCGGCGUCGGAACCUUCAUCCUGGAGUUCGCCACGUUGAGUCGCCUCACCGGAGACCCCACGUUCGAGGAUGUGGCCCGGCGGGCUCUGACAGCUCUGUGGAAGACCAGAUCUGACAUCGGACUGGUGGGAAACCACAUCGAUGUCCUGUCCAAGAAGUGGGUGGCUCAGGACGCCGGCAUCGGAGCUGGAGUGGACUCCUACUUUGAGUAUUUGGUGAAAGGAGCCAUCCUGCUGCAGGACGAAGAGCUGCUGAACAUGUUCCACGCUUAUGAUGCCGCCAUUCAGAACUACACCCGCUUUGAUGACUGGUACCUUUGGGUGCAGAUGCAUAAAGGAACCGUCUCCAUGCCCAUUUUUCAGAGUCUGGAGGCCUUCUGGCCUGGCCUGCAGUCUCUGCUCGGGAACCUGGACAGCGCAGUAAGAACCUUUCAGAACUAUUACUCGGUGUGGAGGCAAUUUGGUGGUCUGCCGGAGUUUUACAGCAUCCCACAGGGUUACACUGUGGAUAAGAGGGAGGGAUACCCCCUAAGACCAGAGCUGAUUGAGAGCGCCAUGUACCUGUUCAGAGCCACAGGUGACCACACCUACCUGCAGCUGGGCCUGGACGCUUUGGAGUCCAUAGAGAAGGUCUCCAGAACCCCCUGUGGAUACGCCAGCGUUAAAGAUCUUCGUGAUCACCAGCUCGACAACAGGAUGGAGUCGUUUUUCCUCGCUGAAACCAUCAAGUACCUCUACCUGCUCUUUGACCCCACCCAUUUCCUCCAUGGUGGGGGUAUGGAGGGAGACGGGUCCUGGGAGGAGGGCGGUGAGGGGGGGCAGUGUGUGUUGGGAGCAGGAGGGUUCAUCUUCAACACGGAGGCUCAUCCUCUGGACCCGGCGGCUCUCUACUGCUGCAGCCGGCACUCCAAGGAGAGGCAGGAGCUGCGGGACGCCCUGCUCAGCCUAUCCCACCCCAAAAAGAAGGCAGGCAGCCAAUCAAAACCAGCCGAUGAACGGACAGAGGAGCCCCCCCAGAGCCAAUCAGAGAGCAUCGCUCUGAAGCCCGGAGAGAAGAAGACACUGCCGACGCUGUCCUGCCCCGUUCAGCCGUUCAGCGCUCGGCUCUCGGUUCUGGGUCAGGUCUUCUCUGACAACUCGUGAUCCUGAAAGAACGAGGCCACAGGGUCACCCUCUCAAACAGGGCAGUCGCUGCAUUGGACUGGAUUUUUUCAUUACCUCAUGAAGAAAGUAAUGUCCCACUGUUUUUCUAAAACAUUGAUUAAUGAAAGGUGAUGGAAAAUCAACUUGGUUUUUGAGACCAAAGAGCCAGAACUCACAGCUUCUGUUUUCUGCUUUAACUGGAACUAAACUUGAAAUAUAUUUUUUAUUCAUGAAACA